AUGCCAAGUAAUCCAAACGCUUCGUCUGCAGCAUCGAUAGGCAAAACUGCUACCCUCGUCUUGGUAGUAGGCAUGCUCUUUUCAGGUGUCUGCAAUACCAUCCUCAACAAAUUCCAAGAUAUGCAGUGUGUUGGCAAUUGUGAUGAUCCCGAUCCAAAGAAGAGGUCUUAUUUUGAACAACCUAUAUGGCAAACUUUAAACAUGUUUGUGGGUGAAUUUGCUGUUUGGUCCGUCUAUCUCUACCAGAAAUAUCAGCAUAAGCUAAACAAGAUCGCCGUUGCUCCACCCUCAGCUAUCAAUCAAUUGGACGCAGCUGCUAUUGUGGAUGAUGUCGAUCAGCGUAUUACAAAGGUCGAGGAUGAUCUCCCCGAAUUGAAGGGAUGGAAGGCACUUUUGUUCUGGAUACCUACCUUAUGUGAUUUGACCGCUACAACGGUAAUGAAUGUUGGUUUGAUUUUAACAUCAGCAAGCGUCUAUCAGAUGUUGAGAGGAGCAGUUGUUAUUUUCACAGGCCUAUUCAGCUAUUUGUUCUUGAACCGUCGCUUGCGGGUAUACGAAUGGGUAUCAUUGGUAAUGGUCGUGGUAGGUGUGGGUAUCGUGGGCUUGUCUUCAGUCUUGUUCCCACAGAAAAAGCCUGAUGAGACAGUGCUCGGAGGUGAUUCAUUCGAUUAUUCUUCCUUGAUGGGUGUGGGCUUGGUUUUGGGUGCACAGAUCUUCACUGCCUCUCAAUUCGUCAUUGAAGAAAAGAUUCUAGUGCGCUACAAGGUAACUCCUUUGAAGGCAGUGGGCCUUGAAGGCUCUUUUGGCCUCAUUUCUGUUUUGGCUGCUAUGCCAAUCCUCCAUGUACUUUUAGGCAAGACCCAUCCUUCAUUCGAUGUCGUCCAAGGUUAUCACGACUUUUUUGAUAAUGCUCGUGUGUGGCAAACUGGUUUAGCCAUCAGUGUUUCCAUUGCUUUCUUCAACUGGUUUGGACUUUCCAUCACUUCAGCCGUAUCAGCCACUGCAAGAAGCACAAUUGACGCAUGCAGAACUUUAUUCAUUUGGAUGGUGUCCUUGUCGUUGGGUUGGGAACAUUUUUCAUGGAUUCAAGUGGUUGGCUUCAUUACAAUGGUGACCGGUACAUUCUACUUUAACGGUGUACUCAAGUGGCCAUUCGUCACUGAUGAAGAAGAAGAACAAGCUGAAAAUGAGCGUGCUCCUCUUUUACCUCGUGAUGAAUGA